AGGUGGUAUUACGUCACUUCAGGUCGUUGGGCCGAUGCUGGGUGUAACGAGGACCUAUUGACGCUGGUGUUCGGCUCUGCUGCAUAGAGAAUCCGGGUCUAGGGCGUAAAACGCCUGCGAGAGUAAAAAAUAAACGUGGAAAUAACAUUUGUCUUCUAGGGACAACGGAAGUAGCCCCGCCUUCCGGCGCGCGGCGCUAGAGGGGAGGUGGUGGCGCAUGCGCAGUCAGAGUGGCACCCCCCCCCACGUGUAUUAGCUGUGGGUGUGCGGCGCUCUGGACUCACUGGACGGCGAGCGGGAGGGACUCGGUGCGCCAUGGCAGGGAAAGCAUUUAGGAAGUUUCUUCCCCUGUUUGACCGUGUUCUGGUUGAAAGAUGUGCAGCUGAGACUGUAACCAAAGGAGGCAUCAUGCUUCCGGAAAAAUCUCAAGGAAAAGUGCUACAAGCAACAGUAGUGGCAGUUGGAUCAGGAUCCAAAGGAAAGGAUUUUUACAAUUGGCCUGAUGAAUCUUUUGAAGAAAUGGAUAGCACACUAGCUGUUCAACAGUAUAUCCAACAAAACAUAAGGGCAGACUGUUCUAACAUUGACAAAAUCCUGGAACCUCCUGAAGGACAGGAUGAAGGUGUAUGGAAGUAUGAACAUUUACGACAAUUCUGUCUCGAGCUCAAUGGACUUGCUGUCAAGCUUCAGAGUGAAUGCCACCCAGAUACAUGCACUCAGAUGACAGCAACUGAACAAUGGAUUUUUCUUUGUGCAGCCCAUAAAACUCCCAAAGAGUGUCCUGCUAUAGACUACACCAGGCACACGCUUGAUGGAGCUGCAUGUCUUCUGAAUAGCAAUAAAUAUUUCCCCAGCAGAGUUAGCAUAAAGGAAUCCUCUGUAGCCAAACUAGGAUCAGUGUGCCGUAGGAUUUACAGAAUAUUUUCCCAUGCGUAUUUUCAUCAUCGGCAGAUAUUUGAUGAAUAUGAAAAUGAAACCUUUUUGUGUCACCGGUUCACUAAAUUUGUGAUGAAAUAUAAUUUGAUGUCCAAGGAUAACCUGAUUGUACCAAUUUUGGAAGAGGAGGUGCAGAAUUCAGUGUCUGGGGAAAGUGAGGCAUGAUGGGAAUUGUGGUACAGAAAGCAACUGUACUGAACACACAAUUGACAUUAUGUACUGUAUAUAUCAUUUUAGACACUUCAAUCAUGUAUCCUUAUUAUAGCUUUGUUUAGUAUACUUUUUUGUAUGCUGUGUGCAUUGCCUUUUAAUAUGGGAAAUACUUUAAGUUAUUCAUGAACUGUAUAUUCAUCAAUGUGGCACUCAUGGUUUUUAAAUAAAAUUAGUAUUAUCUGUUUAUAAUACCUGUUAAUAAAAGAAUUACAGUUGUGUAAAA